GUAGAAAUGAGCUGGCACGAGGCACUGGUCUUGCAUUGUGCUGCACAUGGUGCUUUGUGUAAUCUUCUGUUCUAAAAUGAAACUAACGAAGCUAACAAUAAAUUAAUUAAUUAAUAAAUAAAAUAGGAAUUACUAUAUUAGCUUUCCUCACCAAACUAGAAAUCUCCGACCAGCCGAGAAUUAGGCGUUUGGAUACUGAGAAUAUUAGCUUUCCUCACCACACUAGAAAGCUCCGACCAGCCGAGAAACCGACCUCCAGUCUUCUUUGUAAAAGCCCCCUAAACUCUCUCUUGCUCUGAUCGAAUCCGAUCCCAUAAACGCACGAUGCCUUCCCGUAGAAGAACCCUCUUGAAGGUCAUCAUCCUCGGCGACAGCGGGGUAGGAAAGACCUCCUUGAUGAAUCAAUAUGUAAAUAGGAAGUUUAGCAAUCAAUACAAGGCAACAAUUGGAGCCGAUUUUUUGACAAAAGAAGUGCACUUUGAAGAUAGGCUUUUCACCUUACAGAUCUGGGAUACAGCUGGGCAGGAAAGAUUCCAAAGCCUUGGCGUUGCUUUCUAUCGGGGUGCUGAUUGCUGUGUUCUUGUGUAUGAUGUUAAUUCAAUGAAGUCGUUUGACAACCUUAACAACUGGAGGGAAGAAUUCCUUAUUCAGGCAAGUCCUUCAGAUCCAGAAAAUUUCCCAUUUGUUGUUCUAGGAAACAAGGUUGAUGUAGAUGGUGGAAAUAGUAGAGUGGUUUCAGAGAAAAAGGCUCGAGCCUGGUGUGCAUCAAAAGGAAAUAUUCCAUACUUUGAGACAUCUGCCAAGGAGGGUAUUAAUGUGGAAGAAGCCUUCCAGUGCAUAGCUAAGAAUGCCCUGAAGAGUGGUGAAGAGGAAGAGAUAUACUUGCCAGACACCAUCGAUGUUGCAAGCAGCAGUCAGCAGCGGUCAACUGGUUGUGAAUGCUAAAUAUAUAUGGCCCAAUUUUUUUCCAGUAAAAAUAAAUUAUCUUUAGAAGUUCUGGAAACAAUUUGGUCCCGUUAAGCCAUCCUUAUUGGUAUGUAUGAGGCUAUAUAUGCUGUGCAAUAGUUUGUGUGAAACAAAUUGGUCCACUAAUGUUAGUUGGAUGUGGUUGUUUGUUGCCUUUGUGCAAGUACUGCUUUAUUUCAUCAAGUUACACUAUUUAUGGAGGUUAUUACCAUGCGUCAGCUAGUCUAUGGCUUCCCACAGAAUGUUCAAACAUUGUAUUGAUGUCUGCAUUUUAUCUAAUAAAAAGCAAUCAUCUGAAUGCACCCCAAAAGAGAAAAAAGGGUGUCUUGGAUCUUUUAAA